AUGACGUCCACCGAAAACGCGCACGCGUCGAAGGACGCGAAAGUCGAGCUGGACGAGGCUGCUCGCCUGUUUGCCUUGAAGAAGUACGAGUCCGCGUCGGAUGUGCUUGCCGAGGCCCUCGAGACACUGCGCGACACCUAUGGCGAAGACGCGCCGGAGCUCGCGCCGGUCCUGCACCAGUACGGCCGCGCGCUGCUCGAGCAUGUAAUUGAAGUCUCGGGUGCACUGGGCGGCGGUGGCACGGCUGACCCUGGUGUGCAGGACGAUGAGCCGUCGCUGCCCCACGAUGGCCGCUUCAGCUUUGUCGGCGAUGCGGAGGACGCCGAGGGGGUUGAGCCCAAGGCGAGUGGCAAGCGCAAGGCUGCCGCUGAGCCGGACGAGGAGGAAGAGCCGGAAGACGACGACGACGACCUCGGUGUCGCCUUCACUGUGCUGGACCUGUCGCGUGUUAUAUUCGAGCGGAUUCUCGGCACGUCCGAGAGCCAGCCCGCCUCGUCCAAGAGCACGGGCAGCAAGUCAAAGCAGACGGCUGAGCUCAAGACCAUCACAGGCGAGACGAUGGACGAGGUCGCGCUCCUUGCGGAGCUGGGCGAAGUGUAUAACGAUCUGGGCGAUGUUGGGCUCGAAACAGAAAACUUUGAGCAGGCCUCGGAGGACUACGGUUCGUCGCUGCGUGUACUCGCGCCGCUCCUCGCGCCCUAUUCGCGCCGCUUGUCGGAUGCGCACCUGCGCCUCGGCCUCGCACUCGAAUUCCACCCCAACGAGAAGCGCCGCCCCGAGGCGUUCGGCCACAUUGAGCAAGCCGCGCACGUCCUGCAGCGCCGUCUUGUGGAGCUAGAGAAGGACACGCCCUCUGCCACGGCCGAAGGCCGCGUGUUUGCAGAGAAGGAUAACCUGGCCGCGCUCGAUGACGACCAGCGCCGGCGCGAGACGCGCGACGUGAAAGAAGUGCUGAAGGAUCUCGAGGUCAAGCUCGACGAGAUGAAGGCGGCGCCUACGCCCGCUCUCAAAGAGGACGGCAAACCGCAGAAUCCCGAGCUGGAAACCGCGAUCCGCGACGCAUUCCUCAAUGCUGCGCAGUCGGCCCUCGGCGAGUCGGUCACGAGCGCGGCCAAGGACCAGCCCGUGAACGACCUCAGCGCACGGGUCAAGCGCAAGAAGAAGAACUGA